UAACAACAAUGCCUGCUUAAUUUUAAUCCGACACUUAUACCAUCUUAUUUAAAAACGUCUAAUUGUGACUUGUAUCAAGAUUUCUUUACGUUAAAAGCAAAAUUAAUAAACCACAAAUUUAGUAUGCCAUUUCAAUAAAAAAUUAAGGCAUACACAGAGGCGUUUCUAUUUGAAAACGAAUCAUACUGGUACCAGAGCAUAUCUAUAUCUCAAAUAGCAGUCUUCUCUUAAAUGUUGCAGUAAAAAAGUAAUGUUUCAAAUUCUAUCUUAAUGCGAUAACUCAAAUUACAUGAUGGUAUAAAAUAGUGUAGGAUAGUCUAUUAUAGAUUAUUAUUAAAAUGGACAAAUAGGCAAUUUAAUCUUUAGUUUUUAGAAAUCACAUGACAGGAACCAUGUAUUGCGACUUAAUUUGGCGACCGCAGUUAAUCGUCAUCACUGAGCGUCCAUUCAAACUGCACAUAGCGGGAUUUUUGUUGAACUACAAAAGGAAAGAUAGACGUACACAAAAAGGAUAACUGGUUCUUUCAUAUAUAAUUUAAAGGAUAAUACAAUUUGAACCGGAUAAAAUGAUAGAUAUGAUUGAAAAGGAAGAUUCAAUUAUUAGCGAGGAGGAGGCUGCCCAAUAUGAUAGACAGAUUCGUCUUUGGGGUCUGGAUGCACAAAAGAGGUUGCGGGGAUCACGUGUUCUGCUUGUCGGUCUUCAAGGACUGGGGGCAGAGGUUGCUAAAAAUCUCAUCUUGGCAGGAGUGAAAGGGUUAACCCUUUUAGACCACGAGCAGGUGACGGAGGAGUCUAGCCGGGCCCAGUUCCUCAUCCCUGUGGGUUCUGAGGGGCAGAACCGUGCCGAGGCCUCUUUGGAGCGGGCCCAAUACCUUAACCCUAUGGUGGAGGUGAAGGCUGACACAGAAAGAGUGGAGUCCAAGCCAGAUGAAUUCUUCCUGCAGUUUGAUGCUGUGUGUCUGACUGGCUGCCCCCGGGACCUGAUGGUCCGCAUAGAUCAGGUCUGCGCCCAGAAGAACGUCAAGGUCUUCUGCGGUGAUGUCUUUGGCUACCACGGCUACAUGUUCUCAAACUUGGGUCCAGAGCACCACUUCGUGGAGGAGAAAGCCAAGGUGGUGAAGCCCUCUGAAGAUGCCAAUGACAGGCCUGAGGCGAAGAAACCAAGGGUAGACCCUACUGAGACCACCAUGGUGAAAAAAACAGCCAGCUUCUGUUCCUUGAAAGAAGCUUUAGAAAUUGAUUGGACAAAUGAAAAGGCCAAGGCUGGUUUGAAGCGCACCCCUGCCGAUUACUUCCUAUUGCAAGUGCUGCUUAAGUUCCGAACCGAUAAGGGUCGUGAUCCGCAUCCUGGCACAUUCGCAGAAGAUUCCUCUCUCUUGCAGCAGAUCCGCGAUGAUGUCCUGGAAGCCCAGGGUCUGGGUAGUGAACUGCUUUCCGAUAAUUUUGUCAGUCACUGCUUCUCGGAGAUGGCCCCGGUGUGCGCCGUGGUCGGAGGCGUGCUGGCGCAGGAGAUCGUGAAGGCUCUUUCUCAGAGGGACCCCCCACACAGGAACUUCUUCUUCUUUGAUGGCUCGAAGGGCAGUGGCGUAGUGGACUACUUUGGUGCCAAAUGAAGAACCUUCAGCUUAUCCAGAGGCGAGCUGGAAUGUGCAGCACAUCUCUUUACCUCACCGGCUCUGUCCUGGAAUUUUGAGACAUUGUUUUUGGUAUGUUGCUUUUUACCAGAGAGUGGGUUGGACUCAUUUUUGUCUGUUAAAUUGAUGCCCAACUCUUGCCAUGAUUACAUAAUUGGCUAGUUAAUUACGUACACUCUCAAACAGUCACUAACAUACCCCCGGAUACACAGAUACAGCUGAAUAUUUUACUGUUUAUUUCCCUGGAUCUCAGCCAAUCUCCUUUCCCGUUGUCAGCCGUGUAAUGGACUGUGUAUUGUAAGUUCUCGUACUAUUGUUUGAGGCCAAGUCCAGCUUUUCCAUUGUACGUGGUUCCUGUCCUUUCUACAUCACCUCCAUUCGUGUCGACAUUCUGAAGCACGAUAUUUUUACAUUUUGUAAUAACUGUAAGAAUAAAACCAAUUGCCCUACAGUUUUAA